AUGCCAUCACAAGAUGCUAAAUCCGCUAUCAAACUUAAUGAUGCAAUGGGUUUCUACCGUGGUGUCAGUCGAGUUUUGUAUUCUGUUAAUGAUGUAACGCAUUAUCCACGAAGAAAAGAUGGCAGAGUUUUAACACCUUUACAAAUUAACUUAGAUUCAUUUGUUAAAACAGGUGCUGCUUUUUCUGUUGUUGGUGCUAACUACAUACAAAUGCCAAAUAGUUGGUAUUCAGGAAUUGUUAAUUUUGAUGCAAUAAAAUGGGGAUCAUGGGGAUGUGUUCAUGAAAUUGGCCAUCAAUUCCAAUCAAAUUGGGGAUGGGGAUCAUAUGGAGAAGUAACAAACAAUGUUUUGAAUUACAUUCAUUAUUCAAUGAUGACUGAAAUUGAUUCUACAAGACAAAUAACAUUGAAUGGAGAUUUCAAUGUUUAUAAUGGUGGUUGGGGCAGAUUUUGUCAUCAAUACAACACCAUCAAUGAAGAUUCUCUUCUUCUAUGGUAUGCGAAUAAUCUCUAUUGGUUCGGACAAGAGACAUGGCGUAAAGUUUUGUAUGCACAUAUACAUAGAACAAUGUUUCCAAGGAAUAAUGUUUAUCCAUAUGUUAGUGAGUAUUUGUUGCAUUUAUCUAAGAUAAGUAAUAGAGAUAUGAGAGCUUAUUUCAAGACAUUUUCAUUAUAUAAUUAUGAUACUGAUAUAACUCAAGAGACACAUAAUCUUUUGGAUAGUUGGAAUUUAACAGAAUUCCAUCCAAUUGCAUUGUUAUAUCAAACAGGAUAUGAAAUAGAUGGAAAAGAAUUUGAAACAGCAAAACCAUGGAGAAUUCCUGCAAGAGAAAAUUAUCUUUUUGAUUUCAUUAAAUACAAGAAAACAAGAAAUGGAAUGCAUUCUUUUUCUUUCAAAGAAAUUGAAGGUGGAAAUGGAACAUUUGAAUCUGUUGGUGAAGGAAAAUUCAUUUAUACACCAAAUCCUGAUUUCCAACUUGAUAAAUUCAAAGUUGUUUAUGUUGAUGAUGUAAAUGGUGAUAUAACUAAAUGUAUUGUUACUGUGAAACAAAUCUACCAAGGUUGCAAAGUUUCCAUGAUGAAAUUAGAUAAGAAUUAUGAUAUUUUCACAGCGUAUUCUAAAAUUGAAGAAAAUACUAAUAAUAAAAUCAUUUGGUUGGAUGAACGAAUGACUAUUCCAUCAACUAAUUCUGCUCCAUGGGUUGCAGUUAGCGAAGGAUGUUACUUCCCAACAAAAACAUCUCCAUACAAGUUUAUAAUUGUUCAUGAUGAAGAUUGUUUGUUUUAUUUCUCUGAGUUUCCUUUGACAGGAAAUCAAACAUUAGAUUCUGAAUAUUUGGUUUCAAAUUUGGGCGGUUUUGACACGAAUUAUAACAAGAAUCAAAACUCAAAAUGGCUUGAUCUCGAGAAAGAUAAGAAGUAUUAUUUCAGAUUAGUUAUUAAGAACAGUAAUGGUGUAGGAUCAGGAAGUGUUGGAUAUAUUAACUCUGAAGAUGAUUUCGUAAGACUUAUUGAGAAUGAUCGUGUUAAAUUUAAUAAUGCGACAUUAGAAGAUGAAGACAAAUAUAAGUGGAAACCAAUCUUUGAGAAUGAUCCUACACUUGGAAUCUAUUAUGAUAGUAUGUUCUUAAAAUAUGAUCCACAGAAAUUCAAAGUAAUAAGUCAUCCACAACUUUAUACUGAAGGAUCAAAUUUGACAGAACUUUUGUUUGAUUACAACAUUGGCCGACAAGAUACAGUUGUUGUUGGUGAAUUUCCACUUACUUAUGUUAUUGAUUUUGGCGACAAACUUCGAUUCAACAAAUUAUACAUUCUAAGUCAAAAUCGACGACUUAAAGGAAAAAUUGAAAUUUCAUUAGACGGAAAAUAUUAUAAUACAUAUAAUUUUGACUCUAAUGUACUUCCAACAAUUAUAUUUGACAAAGUUAUUCAUUGUCAAAUCUUGAAUAUUACUAUUUUGUCUAAUUAUUAUGGAAAACACUGUGGAAUUGUUGACAUACAGCCUGUUCUUCAGGAUAUUGCUAAUACAAUGAACAUAAUUCCUGCAACACAUAGUAAGAUAAACGUUACAGGUGAUGCAAAACUUACUUCUGCAGGUAUUUACUACAAUGACAAGGGAUAUAAGAUGAAAGAAGGUUCAAACAUGACAAUAAUGAUUGAACUUAAUGAAACAGGAAAUAGUAUAGCAAUUAUUGGUGAUAGAUCAUAUUAUUCUGGAAUGUUUGAAGUAUAUUUAGAUCACAAAUAUGAUGGUUUUUGUAACACAACAUUUUUGAUUUAUGAACAUACAUCUCAGAUGAUUACGGACACGUUUUAUCAAACCCCACUUUAUAGCAUUCAUUACUUGAAGCCUAAUUCUAAGCAUAUGAUCAAUAUUGUUUGCACAAAAGGAGAAAUAAGUAUUUCUGGAUUUCUAAUGAAUGGUAAUUUUAUCGAUAUUGAUGAAAGUUUUAAUUUCACUGAAAACGAAGAUACCGAAAAAGUAAAUAAUAGUGAUAUUGAAACUGAUGAACCAGUCGAAUCAUCAUCUUCUUCAUCUGAAUCGGAAUAUGAAGAAGAAGAACAUCAAUCAUCUUAUUCUUCAUCAUCUUAUUCAUCUUCAUCUUCAGAAGAAAUAUCACCUGAAUAUAUUACAAAUGAGUCUUUUUCUUCUUAUGUUGAAAUUAGUCCAACACCAAAUAGUAAUUCAAAUCUUAUGUUUUCAAACAAUCAGAAAAGUUCGAAAGGGAAAACAUUGAUCAUCAUUGUUUCUGUUGUUGGAUUUACGAUUGUGUGCAUUGUUGCAAUUGUUAUUAUUACAGCUAUGGUUAAGGGAAUAUAA